UUGCCCAGAAGAAUGCAGACCAUUAAGUGUGUGUUGGUGGGUGAUGGGGGCGUUGGUAAAACCUUUCUUCUCGUUGCUUAUGCGACCAGCGUUUUUAAGGGAAAGUACCUUUCUGCACAGUUUGACAACUACACUGGUGACAUAAGUGUGGAUGGCCACACUGUCACCCUUAAACUGCUGGACACGGCAGGCCGUGAGGGGUAUGAGCUCCUGCGUACCCUCUCCUAUCCUCAAGCAGAUAUUUUCAUUGUCUGCUUCUCUAUUGGCAGCCCUUCCUCUUAUGAUAACAUCAGGCUGAAGUGGAAACCUGAAGUGUCCCAACAUUGCCCCAAAGUGCCAAUCCUUCUGCUGGGCACCAAGAAGGACCUGAGGGGGGAUGAAGAAACCGUGAAGAUGUUAAAAGAGCAGGGUAUGACCGUUUGUACCUAUCAGCAGGGGGACAUCCUGGCCAAGCAGAUCAGAGCUGUUAAAUACAUGGAGUGUUCUGCUCUGCAGCAGGAAAACAUCAGGGAGGUGUUUGAGGAAGCUGCCAGAGCCGUGUUGUUUCCGCAGAGUAAAAGAAAUUGUAACAAGUGUGUGCUUCUGUAAUAAAUAGCUGCCUGAUUUAGAAAAAAAUAUAAAAAAAAACAAAAAGGUGGUCAAUCAACAGGUGAAAAGAUGUCACUCCUCUUCUUAAUCCGGAGGGAUUGCAGCAAAAGGACUAUUUAAAAAUAAAAGCAACACAGUAAAUCAUCUUAAUUUGUUUUUGGCUAUUUAAAUUAAUAAUACUGUACUAUAUA